AUGGUUCCCAUCAUGCAGGGCACACACAGCGUCUUGCUUCUGUAUGCGCCCAUUCGCGAGCUGAGCCACAUCAGCCUCUACUUCCCCAAGAGGCGGGCCCCGAGCUUCAAAUACAAGAGCCGCACCUCUCGUUCAGAAAGGAGCGGUAGUGACCAUGACCGGGGGAAGGAGGAUCUUGCAGCUUCCAGACAAAGAGGCCAGUCUUCCGACUCCUCGGUCAAACUCUUUAACUCCCGGCAGGCGACGGAGGAAGCGGUGGCUGAGCUGUGCUGGCUGGCCACCGAGCACCACCAGCUGCUGGUGGAUUUGUUGUCACUGUGUCGGGACUGCGCUCACAAAGUCAGCAUGGGGAACCAGGAUGGGAAGCUCCAGGACGAUGUGGAGGGUCAACAAGCUCUUCCAAAAGGUCCUCUGCUGAGCAGCUCUUGUAAAUCCUCCCAUGCUGAGCAGAAGAAGGGGGCCUCCAAGAGCAAAAAGUUGAAGAAACUGGGAGGUAGGAAGCUCGACAGUGCUGAGGAUUUACUUCACGGUAAGAUGAAAAAGAAAUUUAACAAAGGACAGGCGCACGCAGAGCUUCCCACGGAGAGCGAGAUCCGCGCAUCUGCAGCUUCUAACGGGAACCAGAUCCCAGGGGUCAGGGCGGCCGACCGUGUGUGUGACAGCCCGGCCACCGGCUCCUACGUCAGCGCCGUCAGCGACGGCGUCCUCCCGCCGGACGAGGCCUUCCAGAUUGCCCGGGAGAGCUGGGACUUCACGGAGAACAAUCGCCCCCUCGACCCGGACAUGGAUUUCUGCGACGACUUCUCGGAGUGCGACGGGGAGCUGGGUUACGGCUCCAGCUCCUGCAGCCUGUUCGAAGGUCUGAGCAGACGGGAAAGCGGGAGCAACCUCCGCCCGGUAAAACGGUCUGACCCCCCGAGGGAGCCCGCAGCCGGAGACGCAUCCACGAGAAAGUCUGCUCAACAGCUUUACAGUGAGGUCAACCGAAGGAACGCGGGGGUCAGGGUCGUCGCCAGAGUGCAGGACGUGGACGGAAAAGUGCAGCGCGUCAGCCACACAAGGCCCGACAGUACUGGGCCAUAUCCAGAGAAUAACGGCUGUCGGCAAGAGAAUGGAGAGCAUGCAGGGUCGAACAGAGACCCCCUGCCGGGAAUCAAUAAGGAAAAAACAUUUAACAAACUCUCUGAGGGACUGUGGCUCCCCCUGUCCCAAACCGCAGAGCCUUCAGCACCAGCCAGAUUCCACGCAAAAAGUCCCUCCUCACCGUCCCUCGCCGGGGUCUUCAACAUGUCUUUCCCAGCUUCAAACAGCCUGCAGAGCAUGUCCCCCGUGCUGUCCCCUCUGUCUUCCAAACAAGUGAGCCCGCAACUCAACCACCGCAUCGUGCUGCUGUCAGAUAAGGACGAAGACCCCGACCGAGACAGCUCCAGUAACUCUGACGAGCCAAAAAUCUUUACCGAGGUCAUCGACAAAAACGGCAACAAGCGGACCGUCACACAUCUGGAUGUGAGCCUCAGCAGGCGACCCAGCAGCUCCAAGUGGAACUCCUCAAGUAACUCCACAACAACAGAGGACUCCCUCUUGCGUCAAGAGGACAUUUGGCUGCUGGAUGGUGAUGAGUCCCAGGAGCCUCUUUCCCGUGUUCCACGCCCUGAUCACCUGGACUUCCUGCGCAUCACUCCACCUGAGGAUGACAUUAUUGGAGACACUCCUUACUAUCCCAAACUGGAAUGCACGCUCAAGCAGGCUAUCACCAGGCUGCCUAAUCACCCCGCCUUAAGCCCGGUGUUGCAGCAGCUCACCACUUUAUGGUGCAACGCUGCCUUACAGGACCGCCACGCCUCUCUACCUGACCGCAGGCUGACUCCCCUGUACGCAUUCUUUUAUAUUGGCGGUGAGCAGAGGUAA